AUGGACUGGUUAUUUGGGUCAUCUUCAGCUACACCGGCCGUAAGCGUACAAUUGUCUUCAUCAACUCCUCAGGGCCGUAGUGCACCAUCUCGAGAAGACGAUUCACGACAUAAGAAUUGCGGUAACGAAUUUUUUAAGUUGAGAGAUUAUGAAGCGGCCAUUCGUGAAUAUUCGUUGGGUAUCAAUGAAAACCCCACUGCCACUCUUUAUAGCAAUCGAUCAGCUGCGUAUUGUGCAUUGGGACAAUUUCAGCAGGCAAAAGAAGAUGCUGCUAAAGCCAUUACACUGGAUCCAGACUGGGCAAAGACUUACUCAAGGAAGGGGAAGGCUUUGUAUGGCUUGGCUUCAUACAAAAAAGCAGCAGACGCCUACGCCCGUGGACUUGAAAUCUGUCUUCGAGGGGCCGUGGGUGAGGCUCAACAAAGAGAUAAAGAGCUUGAAGCUCUCAAGCGUCAGACAGAUAACCAGGCAAAAACAUACCUUCGUCUUUUGGAGGAAAACAACCAACUUAAACGCCAAAUAGAGGACUAUCAGCACAUGUUUGGUGACUGGACCAAGAAAGAAAUAUGA